UAUCUAUCUGCCUAAACACCUCCAGUUAUUCCAGUCACUUAGCAUCAAUGCAUCAGGUGACACCUUCCUCUUGAAACUGGUUUAAGACACAAGAGAUGAGAACUUCUUGAGAUAUGGCUUUAAUAAACUUGAUGGUUUGGUUGGUUGUUCUUCCCUGGAUCACUUCUGCCUUUGCAGAUCCUUGUAAUGUCGAUGGUUGCUCAAAUGUUUUUAUUGUUGAUGACGAGUACUCUGGACUUAUACUUAAUCAUACUUCAGAUCAGAACUGUUCUGCACCGUCACGUAAAGAAGUGCGUUCCCAAAAGAAAUGCAAACUUUUGAGAGACACAUGCUUAAUUUCAUUUAACAGGGAAAACGUAUCCUCUGAGUGCAGAGAAAACAAUUUUUGGAUGCAAACAAGGAAAAUGUCCACUCUUCUGUAUAUGUCAAAGCAACGUGUCUCUGACAACAUGGUUCUGUGUGUAAUAACUGGAAAUAAUUGCAGUGCAACACCAAGCUCAACACUGCACUUAACAGAAAGCGGCAACUGCAGUGUAACCUGUGUGCGUCCAAAGGAAAAAUGCAAAAUUAAAAAAUUUGAUGAAGUACAAUGUAAAGAUAUUCAAGAUGGAGAAAAUUUCAUCAUCAAUAUGACACAAUCACAAGUAAAUUGUUACAACUGUUACAAUGCAACGAAAGAACCAAAACAGAAGAUUUCUUCUCCUUCAUUGACGAACACGGACGAGGACCACAUCGACCCAGUCAAAGCUUCCCAAGCUAUGAAAAAGAUGUCCUCACUCGUCUCCGAAAUGAAUGAGACUUCAGCAUUUGUGUCAAUGGGAGAAGUAAAAGGCAUUCUUGUGAAGCAGGAAGACCCUGUGUAUAUUGAACCAUUUUCCUUUGGCUAUACCAACUCCACCAUUAAUAUUGUACAAGACUUGGUAAAAUUGGAUGGAUUUUCCAGGUCUGUAACUAUCUCAAAGGAAGCAUUUCAAAAAGUGUACAAUUCAACCAAUGGUACUUCAUUUGCUGGUGUUUUCUGGUUUCCCAACUUUGCAAAGGAUUUAAAAAACAGUACAGUUCUGAACAAUGAAGUAGUAGCAAUUGAGAUGGGAGCCUUCAUCACUAAUCUUACAGAAAAAAUAUCUCUAAGUUAUCGGAAUAUAAAUAAGGAGGGAGCCAGUGCAUCUUGCCAGUCAUGGGGUGGUGAAGGAAGUCAGCCUAACUGGACAACAGAUGGCUGUUUAACCAUUGAACAGGGUCAAAAUAUAACAUGCGAGUGUACACAUCUGACAUUCUUUGCUGUGUUGAUGUCACCUCCGAACAUAACCAUCUCUGAUGAAGAUCUAAGCUACCUCACCUACAUCACAUCAGCUGGCUGUGGGUUGUCUUUGUUUUUUCAGAGUGUGGCCCUCUUCAUCCACUUUCUGAUAAGGAAGAACAAGGCCAGCGACGCCACUCGGAUCCUUAUCCAGCUCUUCAUAGCCAUGUUCCUUCUCAAUUUCACCUUCCUGACCAAUGCCCAUAUUGCAAACCUCCGGAACACUGUGGGUUGCCAGUUAAUGGCUACCAUAAUGCACUUCUCCAUGUUAAGCACCUUCACCUGGUUUGGUGUGAUGGCCUUACACCUCUGUCUGCAGAUGUAUAUGGCCAAGAGCAUCAUCAUUUCUCACUACAUACUCAAAGUCUACAUUGUUGGGUGGGUCUUGCCAUGUGUGGUUGUGGCAGUUCUUUUCAGCCUGGGAAAAUAUGGUGAACAAGUCAUCCACACCAGUGGGGGAAAAGAUGUAAUGAUGUGCUGGAUAGGAGAUCCUAAUGUCCACUACAUUGUAAACAUUGGCUACUAUGCAGUGGUCUUCGUGUUUACAUUUAUUACAUUUAUCAUCGUACUGCGUUGGAUGGUCUACCUGAAGAGCACAGAGACAGACACUGACUGGCUUGGCUUGAGCGCCCAAAAAAUGGUCGCAAUUUUUGGUCUGUCCUGCCUGCUGGGCAUCACAUGGAGUUUUGCCUUCUUUGCCAGCGGUCCUCUGCGGGUGCCAUCUUACUACAUCUUUUCCAUCCUCAACUCCUUUCAAGGCUUCUUCCUGUUCCUCUACUACUACAAGACCAGUCGGGUAAUCGGAGCAACUGUUGAAGACUCCAGUGGCAGUGGAAAAAGCUCCUUCAGCACCAUCAACAUGAAUUUCAAGCCCCACAUCAACCCCUAUGCCAACCAAAAACAGCACUGAGUUCAGGAGCAGAGGUCAUUAGUU